AUACACAAACAUUUAAAAUAAAAUAAAAAUGGAAUUGCAGACUUUUCAGUCCAAUUUCUUUUGAUUGCUCAUUCUGGCCUAGCUACCUCCAAUUUCACCACUACCAGUCGUGGUGCUUGUCUCUUUCAGUCAAUGGAUGCUGCUAAAGUUGUGUCGCAGUCACGGAAUCAGCCGGACGCUUUAAUGGCUCCGACAUCCGAUAUCGAUUCUCAGCUCACUUCUAUCGUCUCCGAUCUUUCACAACAAGUGCAAGUUGUAGUGGAGAACAUGGUGAAGAUGAUAAAGGAAAUUGACCAGAGCUCCACUGAAAUAGUAGAAGAGAUAGAAAAGUGCAAAGACACUGCUCUUGAGAGGAAGAGAGGCUUAGAAGAACAGAAAAUGGAUUUUCAGAAAACUGCUUAUGCUGUUCUAAACAUGCUGAAUAGUGAAGAGAUUAACUGAUGCUGUAUGCUUUUCGACUUUUUUAUUGUUUCCCAAUUUCCCUGAUUGAUAGUGCAGAUUCCAGUGUGUACUUUCAUGUUGUUAGCUCAUACUCUCUCUGUUUAUCCGUUCUCAGACAUUUAAGGUUUCUACACAUAAUAUUAGGAAAGCAUUGAAUUCUCCUAAAUUGUUGAAGAAUGAAUGAGUGAGUCGACAUUGUUGUGAAAUUGUGAAUCGGCUUGUAUUGUACGAUUGGGAAGCAUAUUAAUAUAAAAAAUCUAGAUAACAAAAGCUAA